UAGGGACAUUAACGCGCUCAUUACCGAAAACCCUCGAUAGGCCCUUUAACUCGGAGGCUGCCAUGCAAAAGGCUAAGCGAACUGUGGAGACGGAGUACGCCGUAGUGGGAACCUGGGAGGACACGAAUAUUACGCUUUCUGUACUGGAGGCAUACAUACCGCGGUUCUUCCGCAACGCCAAAGUGGCCUACUACCUGGGAAAAGACCGGCUGUCGCGAGUGAAUCGCAACAAUGUCACUCGAAUCGUCAGCGAUGAAACUCGACUCAUUUUGAGGAAAAAUCUCACCAACGAGAUCGAGUUUUACGAGUUUUGCAAACAGCGCUUGUAUCUUCAGUAUGCCGCCUUGAGCCAUGGAAAGCGAUUCGGGGAGGAUGACUACCUCUUAGUGCCCGAACAGCAAAACGAUUACAAUGAAGAGUAUUAAAUUAAUUAAGUGAGGACUGUAUAGAACACAUACAAAUAAAAGAAACUGAUCAUUAA